AUGUACAAAACUCCACUUUUAGGAUUUAACGGAAGUCAAAAUCAACAGCAACAACAUUUUGGCGUCGAUUUUUCGCAGUUGUCCUUAAAUGAUAGCAACAACCAGGCCUCGAACAGCAGCGGCAGCAGUGGCUUCGGCGAAGGGAAUUCUCAAAAUAAUAAUAAUAAUAAUAAUAGUAACAUAAAUAAUAAUAAUAAUAAUUUUCCUAAUAAUAAUAAUAAUAAUAACUUCCAUAUUAAUAAUAAUAAUAACUUGUAUAAUCUAAAUAUGAGUAGCUUCAAUCCUUUCGGCUUAAACCAGUUCAGCAUGAGAAACAAUAAUAAUAAUAAUAAUAAUAAUAAUAAUAAUAUCAAUGUUAAUAACCUUAUAAAUAAUAAUAAUAACAAUUUCAAUAAUAACUUUAAUAAUAAUAAUAAUAAAAACCACAACAACAACGACAGUAACGAAAUGACGUCAUCGUUCCUCACCAACCCUCCAAUACAGAUACACCCGCUUAAUAACAAUAAUAAUAAUAACAACAACAAUAAUAAUAAUAAUAAUGUCAGCACCACGGAUAGCGAUGAUAGUGGUAGCGUCGGGAGUAACAGUGGAGGAGCCAACCACUACAACAACAGCAACAACAACUACAACAACAACAACAAACCCAACAACAACAACAACGCCCUACUUCCGGUUUUCCGCACACCCCUCAGACCGGGGCACGGAUCAGAGGGCCGGAAGAUUUUGCUGAAAGCCAAUCAUUUUCAAAUAAAAGUACCCCGUGGUUUCGUCUACCAUUAUGACGUGGCCGUCAUGCCAGAUAAAUGUCCCAGAAGGAUUAACAGAGAAAUCUUUGAAGCGAUGGUCAAACGCUAUUCGUUGCAGUUCUUCAAUCGACAACUUCCGGUUUACGAUGGUAGAAGGAAUAUGUACAGCAAGGAACCAUUGAUGUUUGGUAAAGAGAAGACCGAACUCGAAGUAACACUGCCUAGCGAUGCUGUUGAAAGAGUUUUUAAAGUAACCAUCAGGUAUAGCGCUGCCAACGCCCAAGUGAUGUUCAACCCUGGCGACUGCUCGAACACGCUGGGCGGAGUUUCGGCGACUGCAUUCUACAAAGCACAGCCGGUCAUCCAGUUCAUGUGUGACGUCCUCGAGAUGAGGGAUCUCGCCGACCACAAGAGACCACUCAGUGACGCACAGAGGGUCAAGUUCACCAAAGAGAUCAGAGGCGAUUUUCCACUACAGCUAGAGAGAGGAGGGACAGUUGACUGCACUGUGGCCAAGUACUUCCUUGAAAAGUAUCGCAUUAAAUUGCAGUACCCUCACCUUCCAUGUCUACAAGUCGGCCAGGAGCUGAAGCACACCUACCUGCCUCUGGAGGUAUGCAACAUAGUGCAUGGGCAGAAGUGCAUCAAGAAACUCACGGACUCCCAGACAUCUACCAUGAUAAAGUCGACGUCGAGGGCGGCGCCGGAUCGCGAGAGGGAGAUCAACACUUUGGUGCGCAAGGCGAACUUCAACGCGGACCCCUACCUCCAGGCUUUCGGGAUCUCCAUCUGCAGUCAGAUGUCUGAUGUUCAUGGCAGGGUCCUCCCAGUUCCCAAGUUGCAGAUGUUCACCCAGCAGUUGCAGAAGAUCUCGACGGACGCUGGCAUGCCAGUGAUGGGGCAGCCCUGCUUCUGCAAAUACGCCACUGACGCCGACCAGAUUUACCACAGUAUCACUUUUCUCUUUGCCAAGUCUUCUUCGCCAUCUGAGGUCAAAAGGGUGGGUGAUAUUUUGUUUGGCCUGGCGACUCAGUGCGUCCAAUCGAAGAACGUUACUAAGAUUUCCGCCCAGACCCUGUCGAACCUCUGCCUGAAAAUCAACGAGCCUGUAAUAUUCCUCGGGGCUGACGUCACUCACCCGCCUGCCGGCGACCGCUCCAAACCAUCCAUCGCUGCUGUGGUCGGGAGCAUGGACGCACAUCCCUCUCGCUACUCGGCCACAGUCCGGAUCCAGCAGCACAGACAGGAAACCAUCCAGGAUCUAUCAGUCAUGCCAUGCCGGUAUCCAGGUGGUUCUUUCGUUCAUUCGUCUAUACAUUAA